AUGGCGUCCCAAUUCAGGGCCAUGAUGGCCACAUUUAUCUCAGCUUUAUUGCUCUUACUCAUACUCCCUGGCCCCGUCGCGGCGCAGGAAACCUCGCCUGGGGGCAAGACGUUCUCAAACGAUGCAUGGGACUGCAGCGGAUGGCAUACCGUGAAGUCAGGCGAGACAUGCAAGAGCGUCGAGAAGAAGUACAACAUCACAAACACCGACUUUUUGCACUGGAACCCGUCGGUCUCCAAGGACUGCAAAACCAACUGGAAGGCCGAAUACUCGUACUGCGUGCGGGUCGGAGCUCCGACGGAGACGGUGAAGGGCAUUGCGGCCAACUGCAACAAGUGGCAUGUCGUUGCGAAGGGUGAUGACUGUCCGUCCGUGGAAAAGAAGUAUAAAAUCACCUCCGCCGAGUUUCUCAAAUGGAACCCAGCAGUCGACAAGAAAUGCACCAAGAACUUUUGGGUGAAGUAUUCAUAUUGUGUUGGGAUUGACAAAGAUGCGCAUCCCACGAGCACUUCUACCACGAAGAGCACGUCCAAAACUUCCUCCAAAACUUCCACCAAAACUAGCAGCACCAAGACAGUGCCCACAUCGACACCUCCAUAUUCUACGCGGAAUCCCGUCACUUCAUACAGCAACACGCCUGGAAAGACGGCGACUGCUUUCCCACCCGAGCACACCAAGCCCGGUCAGCCGCCUAACUGCAACCGCUGGCACUGGGUCAGUAUCGGAGAUAGUUGUCAGAGCAUCGUUAAUCUUUACAGCACUCGUCUCACUGCGGAGCAGUUCCAUGAAUACAACCCAUCCGUGGGUGAUGACUGCAGCGGCCUCUUCGUGGGGUGGUAUGUCUGCGUUGGCACGCAGUCCAAGACCUCCUCGAGCAUUGGCUGGUCCACGAGUGCUACCAAUGCCUCGAUUCCUGCGCCAACGGAGUUCAACCCGCCUCCGGCCACGUUUGUGCAGAACUUCACUGCUGAGCCGCACCAGUCCGGUAUCCCUGACAGCUGUGGGAACUUUUAUCUCGCUCAGAACGGAGACACUUGCAAAACCGUGCUAGGUAUCUACAACUACAUCAACAAAGACCAAUUCUUCGAUUGGAACCCUGCGCUCAAGGGCAACUGUGACAGUCUCCAAUCGGGCAUGUAUUACUGCGUGGCAAACUUUGAGGCCGGCAAAGCGCCCAUGCCAGCCACGCUGACGUCCGGCGCUUCACCCACGGCGUCGGGCACGACGUCAGAAUGCAAGGCAUGGUAUCAAGCAGUGGGCAGCGAUAACUGCGCGACCAUUUCCAUCACUUUUGGGACCUUUUCUGAAGACGACUUCAUCACCUGGAACCCCUCCGUCUCCCCAGACUGCAGCACCAUCGUUGAAAACACCUUCUACUGCGUCGCCGUCCCGGGCACGCCCACGACCCGUACCGCCACUGUACCCCCAACCCCCACAGGUUCCCGGCCUACGCAAUCCGGCAUCAACCCCAAGUGCACCCGUUACUGGCUCGUCUCGCCCUCAGACAGCUGCGAUUCUAUCCAGCGCGCAACGCAUCUCUCGUCUGAGGACUUCCACGCGUGGAACCCGGCGCUGGGUGAUGACUGUAAGGGGCUCGAGGUGAAUUACUAUGUUUGUGUGUCGACCAAACCCGUGGUAAAGCCGACUUCGACGGUCACCGUUCCUGGUGAUGGGAAUGGCGGUGGUGGUGGUUCGACGAAGACGACGAAGACCACUACGAAGACUGGGACGGAGACGACUAAACCGCCGGCUACCACCACAACGGGCGAGCCGGUGUCGACGCCGACGCCGCAUAUGCCGGAUAUGGUUGAGGGGUGUGUGCGGUUCUUUUACCGGGGUAAGGAUGCGGCGGACAUGUUUUGUCAAGAUUUGGCGGAUGCUGCGGGGAUUUCCGUUGAGGACUUUUACGCAUGGAACGGCGACAUGGGCAAGGAUUGUACCGGCCUCUGGGCGAACAACUGGUACUGUAUCGGUAUCUCGGGGCCGCACACGACCAUCUCGAGCGGGACGCCCAAGCCGCCGGCUUCUACAACAGCGGCUUCGACAAAGUCUGGGAGCGCAUCGACGACGAAGUCGGCUAGCAAGUCGUCUAGCAAAUCAUCAAGCAAGUCGGCAAGCAAGUCAGCUACUAAGUCAGCAUAG